UAUUUUGCUGGGGAAUCCCACCCAUGAUCCCAGCCCACCAGUAGUUCGGCGCGUAUUCCGAUGACACAUAACCGGGUGUGUGGAGAAUAAGAAUAAAUUUUCAUAAUCAUGGCUGACAAUCAGAAAGUUGCUGUUCUCGCACCAACCGCUCCAGGAAGUGACAACAUGGUCAUGCCACAAGAUGCCAAGAUGAGAAAGGAACUGAACGCCUAUGCCGUCAUGGCCUACGUGGCAGUGUCUGACCGCAAUGCGAUGGCAGAGCAACUGAAAGGUCUGACCCACCUUACGCAAGCCGUGAACGAGCUCCAGGAGAAGCUGGCAACGGCCGAGCAGAAGGCCGAGGAUCUCCAGCUAGAGGUGUGGAGAAAUGAGGCAUUUGUCAAUCGCAGCAGGAUCCAGCUCCGGGUGAAGGAUAGCGAAUUGGCUGGUCUGAGGGAGGAACUUAAGAAGGGAAAGAAAGCUGAGGAAAGGAGCGUGGAAGGCGACGGGGGCGGAGAGAGGUCCAAAGCUGAAGAGGAUGAAUCUGUUGAUGGAUCAGCGGAAGAGAAAGGUGAACCAGAUCAGAGGGAACAUGCCAGUGGAGAAACGGAGAAGCCAAAGUCCCCACAGCCUGGUAAGAAGGACUAUCUGAUGAGUCAUGGUUUGCACAUAGGCGUCUCAAGAGAAAUUCAUGAAGCUGUCGUCCAAGAAAACCUUCAUCUUAAAGGUCAUCUGAAGCGCCUUUUGACCGAUCAAGGAGCCAGUCUCAAAGAUUUAAUGGAUACCAUUCAGUACAGAGAAAUCAUCAAGCAGCUCAAGAGAAGCUUGGAGGAGAAAGAGGAAGAGAUCGCAAAGAUAAAACACACUCUUGAGCAGGCCAAUAGCCCCAAGGAAGAAACCGCCAAGUUGCUUCUGGAAAUGGAAGGAAAGGUGAAAAACUCAGAGAGGACUAUCAAAAUGAAUCAAGUCAUGAACGAGGCUCUGUCUUCCAGGGUCGAAGAACUGACUAAGGCUCUUCAAAAGCUACAACGAAGGGAAGAGAUCCAGAUGGCACAUAUGAGAUCACCCUUCUCCGACGGCUCGACCUUGGCAAUUAUGGCCGAUCCCUCAGUUGAUCAGGUUUUGCCGUCGAUGCAGAUCAAGAAUCUGACGAAGGAAAACGCAAGACUGAUGAAGGUCCAGAAACGGCAAGAAACUGAAAAGGAGUCAUUGAGGCAGGAAAGAGAUGCAGCUGUGGCUGAGAAAACUGAGAUUCAGCGACGUUUAACCGCCCUCUCACACAUAAAAUCUGAGCGAUGUUCCUCCUGUCAGAAUCUCAAGGCCGCAAAAGAACGCGCGGAAGACGAGCUUAAUAUUACAAAGGGAGAGAUGACUGCAGCACUGUACCAGGUGGAAACGUAUAAAUCUGAUUUCAAAGAGCGAUGCUCAGAGAUGGAGAAAGAAAAGAGCGGUCUUCGCAAUGAGCUAGACACCUGGAAACGGAACUAUCAUAUGCUGAAUAAACAGAUGGAACGUUUGGUGGUUGAACUCGAGAAACUGAAGGGAGAUAACAGCAAGCUACAUGCAGAAAAUCAAUACUUAUCUCAGACUUUGAGCCAAUUAAGAAAUGAGUCGUCGGUAUCCAUGCCACUGAUUGUUCACCAACGGUGUCAAGAUGUCAAUCCAUGGCAAGAGACCCGUGGAUACGCCAGCAGACGAUCAGAGAUCGCCGUCGGAGGAAGGGACAGAAGCGACAUGUCGUCACCGCAAGAGGAUGCGACCGCCCCCCAGAGCCACCAAUGGACAACAGCCCGACCGAGCAGCAGUGGGGGCAGACGAAGGAGGAGCAAGCUAAAAUGUCUGCGAUGCACCCGAGAGUUCUCCCCAGAAAGGCAACAGGAAUUUGAAGAUCACCAGAGAAACUGUCCAGGGAAUUCGUGAAUUGAAAUCAUGGGAGAAUGCUCACUUUACAUAUCAAUAAUAAAAACAAUUCACAGAUAGUGGUUUCAUGCAUUUGAGCUACAUGUAUAUAUUACACAGGUUUGUGGGUGGACUUUUAAACAUGAAUGCAUACAUCAUGUUUAAAGUCCUGAAUUUAAGCUUGAAGAAA